GUUAGUUUUCGACUCUCACUAAGAUAUAAAAAGAAAAAAAAAAAUUCUUACAAUUGAGAUUCUUUUCUUAACGAAUUUAGAGAUUCACAUGCUGCCAGUUAGCAUCAUAGAAACGCUGACAUGGCAACAAGUAAGACAUUAAAAAGUUAACACCACUUAUAAAAGCAGGCAGUAUAAAAGAUGAGAGAAGCAAAAGCAAAAACAUCACUUGAUUCAUUUAAAGUUCAUGGCAUCCACUACCACUACUGCGAGAAGAGAUCAUCUUCGUCAAGAACCUGCAGACUUUAGUCUCAGAGAAUGGGGUUUAAGGCCUCAAAUCAGUCGCGAAAAUACCAAAUCAAGAAGGUUUUCAGGAUCACAUAUCACAAGUUUUAGAGAAGAUUAUGCUAGGUCUUUUAGAUCAAACAUUACUAUCUCUAGCACUGCUUCUUCUCCGGGCUAUCCUCUUAAAGAUGAAAUUGACCCAUCAACAUAUUCCUUCACUACUGCUCUUAAAGCAUUGCAGGCAAGAGCAGGGUAUAAUAGUUGGGAAUGUUUAUCACCGGAUGGGUUUGCUCUAAACUCAAAGUGGAAUGAAGCAGAAAAAUAUAUAUGUAAUCCUCUUUCGGGAGAGGUACCAAUGGAAUGUUUAUCAGCUAAAACACUUAGUGGAAGAUCAUUUCGUAAUUCAAGCACAAACAGUAUCACUAUGUCUGCUCCUCUUGUUUACUCUUCUCACCAUUUGCGGCAAAUUUCUGCGAAGCCACCUUCAAUUGCUAUACCAGAUCAUGAUAUCGCUGUUCACUUGCCAAUUCAAGUUCAUUUGUGCUGUGUAGAAAAGAAAAUGGAGGGCAUGACUACUAGAGAUGUCGGGACUCAAAGCACACCACCUGACCUUAGUUCAAGUAGUCCUAGCCCUGCUUCAACUCCUCCUAUAUUAGAGAGAUAUUUGAAGAGAUGUGAAUUAGCAGAAGAUGGAGAUUCUCCUAAUUGUAAUGGGAAGUUGAAAGUUGAAGGAAAGGUUGAAGAGAAAGAAACAAAAAGAAAAGAAGAAACAAGAAAAGGAGAGGGCGAAAAAGAGGAGAGAAAGAAAAAGGAAAAUAAUCCAUUGUGGAGGAGCAGCAGCAUGCAAGGUGGGUGCUUGUCAUGGUUGAGAAAAAGGCAGAGAGAGAAGCACAAACCAAGAAAGAGGAAUAUUUUUCUUCUUAAUCCCGAAGGAUGUUAGUGACAAAUAAUGAUAACAGAGAAAGAGAGAGAGGUACAAGCUAGCUAGAGAUGGCAAGGAAUAUUAAUUUGGAGGGUUUCCAAGAUUCUUUCUCUCCUGAUAAAAAGUGAAAGAGGAAAAAGAAAAAAAAAAAAAAAAGAAAGAUUGGGAGAUUUUUGGCAUGCAUGCAUGGAUUUGUAUUUAGUUGGGGAAAAAUUGAAAGCAAUCAUAUGGAUGGACAGAGAUGAAAGAAAGUUGGCAAAUGGCAGUGGUGGUUUUUGUGUUGUAUUUCUUGGUGAUCUUAUUUGUUAACAGUAGAGAAAGAAGUGAUGUUAUGCUUUUGUAGCUUAGCUAUGGUGAGAAUGGCUGACAGCUUUGGUGUUCACGUGCAUAUGCCUUUGGUUUGUGGCUUUAUGGCUUUAGAAAUUAGAAUGGCAAGGUUCUUCUCUUUCUCUCU